AUGAGGGAAUUCAUGCAAACUAAGAAGCAAAGAAAGGAUGAAGUGUCUUCAACGGGUGCUUCUCCUAACUUCAAUGAAAAUUAUGAUGAUGAAGAUAUGGAUUUCCCAGAAGAAAAUGCAAAUCAAACAAUGGGAGGUAGUAUGGGAUCUUCUAACAAAUCAAUUAAAGGUCCUAUGGAUUUGUAUUUUAAUUCAAAGGAGCACCAAAAAUUGAAAAGGUCAAAAGGCGGUGAAACCGUAACGUUAGAGGCAUGCAAGAAGGAGUUAAGGGAGAGAGCUAUGGUGCAAUUUUCACGGUGGAUGUAUGAGGCCGGACUACCAUUUAAUUGUGUUCAAUACACCAAAAGCUUGCAAGGCUUUAUUGAGUGUGUUGCACAACAUGGGCUAGGAAUGAAGCCGCCUUCCUAUCAUGAAGUUAGAGUGCCAUAUCUUAAGAAGGAGGUUGAGCAUGUUAAGGAGUUGUUCAAGGCACACGAGGAGACGUGCAAUGCAUAUGGUUGUUCUUUGAUGAUGGACAAGUGGACAGAUAGGAGAGGUCGUUCGUUUAUUAAUAUCCUAGUUAAUUGUUCACUUGGAUCUUAUUUUCUCGAGUCGGUAGAUGUUAGCAAGGACAUGGUGGAUGCUAACAAAAUGCUAGAGCUAUUUGAAACUUUUGUCAAUCAAGUGGGGAAGGAUAAAGUUGUGCAAGUCAUAUCUGACAAUGCUUCAGAGAAUGUGAGAGCUGGCAAGGAUUUAAUGGAGGUGUACCCGAAUUUGUAUUGGACGCCAUGCGCUGCUCAUUGCAUCAAUUUGAUGUUUAAAGACAUCUUUGAGAUUCGUCAUUUUUCAAUGGCGUACAAACGCGCUUUGAAGUUGUCGGUGUACAUCCAUUCGAAGACAAAGCUGUUGAAUUGGUUGAGAAAGUACACUGGGAAGCGUGAUUUGGUCAAGUUUGCUAAGACUCGAUUUGCUACAGCAUUCUUGACCUUCAAGAGGCUUCACGAGCAGAAGAGGCAGGAAAAGAAGAGGCAGGAAAAGAAGGCACUUAAAAUAGGCGGUCCAUUGAUUAGUACACUUCGGUUAGUUGAUGGAGAUGUUAAGCCAUCAAUGGGCUAUAUUUAUCCUGCAAUGGAGAUCACAAAGCAAGCAAUUGAAAAGGCUUUCAACAACAACUCAAACAAGUACAAGAAGGUAUUUGAAAUCAUAGACAGAAGGUGGAGUUCCCAACUUCGCCAACCAUUGCAUGCAGCUGCUUACUACUUGAAUCCAGAUUACUUCCGGUAUAGGAGUGAGCCACCGAUUUCUCCAUCAGUUAACUCGGCAGAAGUUAUUGCUGGCUUUUAUGAGUGUUUGGAGAGGUUGGUUCCAGAUCAAGAUCUGCAUGAGAAAAUUACCGAGGAAGUGACUGCGUGGGAAGUUGGGACUGGCUUAUUUGGCAUGGCAGUUGCUAAGAAGCAACGUGGUUCUAAAGCUCCAGUUGAUUGGUGGACUUCUUUUGGGGGCUCAACUCCCCAUUUGAAAGAAUUUGCGAUUAAGAUUCUUAGUCUCACGACUAGUGCAUCGGGAUGUGAACGGAAUUGGAGUGUGUUUGAGCAUUUGCAUUCGAAAAGGAGGAGUCGCCUUGAACACAUGCGCCUUAAUGAUUUGGUAUUCAUCAAGUAUAAUAGGGCAUUGAGGCGACGAUGGGAAAUGAGGGAUACCAUUGAUCCAAUUAGUUUGGAUCAAAUUGAUUUUGCUAAUGAAUGGUUGACAAGUGUCUCGGAGGAUGCUAAUGAUGAGUUCGUGUUUGAAGAUGGGGAUGGAUUGACUUGGGGUGAAAUUGCCAAAUUUUCGGGUGCAAAUGAAACUCCUUAUUCUCUUAGGCAUGCUUCAAAAGGAAAGGAGAAGGUUGGGAGUUCAUCAAGGUCUAAGGGAAAGGAAAAGGUUUCUGAGUAUAGACUAGUGGAUGAAGAUGAUGAGGAAGAUGAAGAAGGAUUUGAGGAUGAUGGAAUUAUCAAAUUUGACAAUUUGGAUUUGUGUGAUGAAGAAGAUGACUUUGAUAUGGAGGAUUGA